GCACAAAUGAAGGAGCUGGUGAGCCGGUGCGCGCGUUUAUGAUGACUACACCGAAGUGAAUAUAUUUACAACACACCACCUAGAUCAUUAAAGCUCUGAGAACAACUAUAUAAAAUCAACUUCUUUAAAAAAAACAAUCAAAAUCGAAAUGACAGCGACAGCUAGCAGGGAUAGACUGAGCGCGUCUCUGAGUGAUCUGAUGCGCUGUCUGCCUUCAUCACACGGACUCUGUCUGGAUGCGUCCCCCGCGUCACGCUUCUCUCGCGCGGAUGCGGGGGUCUGCUCGGACCAGUUCAGUGAGGCGUCGGGAGGUGGCUUGAGCACCGAGGGCUUCGGCGAGGAUCAGCGGGGUCUUGAGCUGACGGACCCGAGCAGUAUUUCUCCGCACAGCGCGCCUGUCGCCUAUACAGGGAGGAUCUCCAUCGACGCGCAAGGAAGCUGGAAUCAGGAGGGAAUAAUCAACUUUGUCAGCGCAGGAGUGCAAGACAGGCCGCCUUCCCCGGGAUCAUUCACCACGGGCUCCCCCUCAGACCCAGACUGCUCCAAAAUAGCUCAAACCCUUGCCAACAUGGAGCACAUGUACACAGCCCCGCCCCCUUACACCUGCAGCGCCGAUGGCUACCAGGACCCCUCGGCUUACCUAUCGACCACCACGUGCCCCAUAACUUACGCAACUCCGUCCUACUCCACCCCAAAGCCAUCUAUAGACGGGACGCUUUUCUCCAUCAUUCCAGAAUAUGGGGGGUUUUAUCAGACCAGCAGCAGCCAAAGGGACAACAUGGCUGUGUUUCAGGACAUCAAGCCAUUUUCGUGCGCUCUGGAGUCUAUCAGAGUCCCUCCGCCUCUGACUCCAUUGAACACCAUCAGAAACUUUACUCUGGCGUGUCCGGUUGACGGGCCGAGGCCGCCUGUGGAUUGCACCAAUCCGCAAAGCGUCCCACUCAGGCCGAUUCUGCGGCCACGGAAGUACCCGAACCGACCGUGCAAGACGCCGGUCCACGAGCGGCCGUACCCCUGUCCCGCGGAGGGAUGCGACCGGAGGUUCUCGCGCACGGACGAGCUGACGCGCCACGUGCGCAUCCACACCGGCCACAAGCCGUUCCAGUGCCGCAUCUGCAUGCGCAGCUUCAGCCGGAGCGACCACCUCACGACGCACAUACGCACGCACACCGGAGAGAAGCCCUUCUCCUGUGACUUCUGCGGGAGGAAGUUCGCCAGGAGCGACGAGCGACGGAGGCACACGAAAAUCCACCAGAGACAGACAGAUAAAAGGGGCUCAGCGCCUCCUCACAGCUCGAGCGCCGGCGGGACACCGACGUGAACCCUGGUGUAACCCGCUCCGACUGCCGCGAGAGCCAGUCGUUGUCCCAUUUAAACCUGGAACUCUUUUUGUGUGCACGCACGCACAAAUAUACGAAGGCAGCUUAUGAUUUAAGUGUUGAAUGUGGUCUGUUGUAGUACCUAGACUACGUCUUUAUCAGAGAAUAUUUCAUGUGGUGCAAAUUGCAGUGGUUAUAAAUAUAGUGUUUACAGUGAGUCUUUUUUAUUGACAUUAUUACCUUUAUGUGUCUGAAUACAAUUAUUAUAAUAAACAAGGUGUAUUCUUUUGAGAA